AUGAACCCAGUUUUCUCGAUUCUAAUUGGAGGAAUCCUCCCUUUCGGAGCAGUUUUCAUUGAACUGUUCUUCAUCCUCACUUCAAUUUGGCUGAACCAGUUCUACUACAUCUUUGGCUUCCUCUUCUUGGUGUUCAUCAUCCUCAUCGUCACAUGUGCCGAGAUAACCAUCGUGCUCUGCUACUUCCAGUUGUGCAGCGAGGAUUACUUGUGGUGGUGGAGGUCGUACCUAACGUCGGGCUCGUCAGCGGUGUACCUGUUCCUCUACGCCACAUUCUACUUCUUCACAAAGCUUGAAAUCACAAAGCUGGUCUCAGGGAUGUUAUACUUCGGAUACAUGCUUAUUGCUUCUUACGCAUUCUUUGUGCUCACUGGUACCAUCGGCUUUUAUGCUUGCUUUUGGUUCACAAGGCUCAUCUACUCAUCCGUGAAAAUUGACUAA